CAUGAUCCAAACCCUACCGUUUGGAAAAGACACCCUCUUUACGCUUGUGUGUGUACAACAACACAGAUGGUUUAAUGCGACGAGAAUCGUAUGAACACGAACAAGCAACCAUGUUUGCGACGUUUGUUCGAGGGGUGAAUAGAGAAGUAACGUUGUUCGCUUUGAUAUGCCGUUGCCAUGGCGAUAAACAACUUAAACGAAAGCGAUAUUUUCAGAAAGAAAAGCACCCGGCUUUGUUCAUCCUCGGUUUCUCAUGUCACAAUAAGAUCUCUGACACGUUUAUAUAAGAAAAUAAAAAAAAAAAAAAAUGGAUUCGCGAGGCAGUAGUGAAACAAUGUCAUUUUUCGUCGAUGUCGUUACCGAAGAUUCAUUCUACGAGAAUUUAACAUUAGGUGUCGUCAAGAUUCUCGAAAAUUCGCCAUGCGUUAAAAACGUUCGCGUUAACAGACGAAAUGGUUGCGAACGAAACGCCAUUGCGAAUUGGGAGCAACGACACGGCUGCGUGUUGCCAGAAGACGUGAAGAAUUUCUAUGCCUCGAUCGAUGGUUUUCUACUACAGUGGAAUCUCGAGAUAGCAGGCGAGGAAUUUCCGGUAGGGCGAAUGGAGAUAGGCAAGCUGUCGUCCCUAAAACGUUACCUCGGCGUUGGGAAGGAUCGACAAAGCGGAACGACGGCGAGUCUGGCCACGGAGGAAGGAGGGGACAUCGAACCGGAAGUUGAGAUACUCGUAGGGAGUACCGAGGACGUUGUUACUGGUAACUCAAAGAUUCACACGGUUAAUCCUCGUGGUUCGAAACUCUUUGAGAUAGCUCGAUGCUUUCCCACAAGUUUGGAUGCGAAGGUUUAUUUGGUAUAUACGAAUAAAACUGAACAAACGUCUCCUGAAAUUUGGCUUCAUCAGGAAACUGCAAAUCGAUGGUAUUAUCUGGCCGAUGAUUUUACCAGAUACUUUCGUAUGAUGUUGGUCCAUCUUGGUUUGCCUGUUUGGCAAUGCUGUGUCGUUGGCUUACCUCUGCCAACCUGGGUUGAGCAAGUCUAUUUCUUGGUUGGGCCUCAUCUACUGCCAAAUAUAAUAGAACCAACUGAAACAAUUUCUAGUAGUCUCUGGAACAAUGGUCCAACCAAUCUACUCGAUCCGAACAUUUUCAAGGGUAAAGAAAGUAAGCAAAGAAACCCAAGAAAGAAAUGAUUUUUUUCGUAGUCAUUGCCGUCCUUCUGAUCAUCGUGAUAAAUCUUUCUCUUUCGAGGAAAAAGAAAAAGGAAAGAGAGAGAAAAAAAAAAGAAGGAAGGAUAUCCUGGUGAUCCGUCAAACGUACGAAUCCCUUUAUAUUUUCUUCAGAAGAAAAUGAAAGAAUCGUGCACGCGUAAAAGUGUCUUAGGAACAAAGGUGAAAAGAAAUAUUAUGGGGAGGGGGGAGAAAGUAAAAGGUGACAUUUUAAAAAAUCAACAUCUUGUUUCUUUCUUAUUCGAAAAGAUAAUUUCUACGAGUGUGAGAGAGAAAGAAAAGAAAACUUCCGAUAUCAUCCAUAACCUUUUAGUAAAUAGCACUAGGUAUAUCACUUGGGAUAUAUUGAAAUUGAAUUGGCACACGAUCUCUUCCUCUAUCUUCAUCUCUUCCUCUAUUUUUAUCUCUUUAUCUCUUUCUCUCUCUCUUUUUCUCAUUCUCUCUCUCUCUCUCUCUCUCUCUUUCUCUCUUUCUCUUUCUCUAUCCAUCUCUUUUUGUUUUACUUUCCUCGUUCUUAUUUAAUGCACGUCAUUACGGAUCAGCUCGUUAAA